GGUCAUUGCUGUCAAUGUCAAAAGUGUCGAAUUGUUGAAAUUGUGUGUUUUACAAAAGUAAUCAGAAUUUAUUUAUCUAACAUUAUAAUUCAAUUAACUUGUUCUAAACGAGUACUGAGUUGUGCUGUAGGGUUUGUUUUUAAACCGUACCACAACCACUUUUGCACGAUGGCAGAUCAGUCUGCUUUAGUCGACGAAUACUUCGAGUCGGCGCUGUCUUUGGUUAAAACUUGCGGAAACCUUAUAAAAGAUCAUAUUACUGGAUGCAAGGAAUUUGUAUUGAAGUCGUGCGAUAUCGAUUUUGUAACAGAAAUAGAUAAAAAGGUAGAAGAAACUUUGGUGGGAGGGCUUUCAAAAUUAUAUGCCGAUCAUAAGUUUAUCGGCGAGGAAGCGGUGUCUGACGGCGCGAAAUGCGAGCUAACCGAUGCGCCUACAUGGGUCAUCGAUCCAGUCGACGGAACUAUGAAUUUUGUCCACGGGUUUCCACACAGCUGCAUCUCUUUGGGACUUCUUAUCAACAAGGAAGCAGUAGCUGGUAUAGUAUACAAUCCUAUUCUGGAGCAGUUGUUCACAGCAAAAAAAGGUAAUGGUGCAUUUUAUAAUGGGCGGCAGAUACAUGUGUCUCAAACUAAGGAGUUGAGUAAAGCUUUGAUCAUGACAGAGCCUGGUACAAGUCGAGACCCUGAAAGACAGAAAGUUCUUUUUGAAAAUUUUAAAAUGAUUGUUACUAAGGCCCAUGGGAUUAGAACAUUGGGAUCUGCUGCCUUGAAUAUGUGCAUGGUGGCGAUGGGAGGAGCUGAUCUUAACUUUGAAUUUGGUAUUCACGCAUGGGAUGUAGCUGCUGGUGACAUUAUUGUCCGGGAAGCAGGUGGUGUUUGUAUUGACCCCGCAGGGGGCCCCUUUGAUGUGCUGUCACGCAGAGUUUUGUGUGCGAGCACUGAAGAGCUGGCACAAGAAAUGGCCAAAAAUUUGUCUCAGUUUUAUCCUGAGAGGGAUUAAAUAUAUCGGUGUAAUUUGAGUCUCAACUUUGAUGUUAAGUUGCUUAGUAAAUUUAAAGUACUUAAAGGUCUUUGUUCAAUAUCAUGGACCAUCCAACAUUCUCUGGAAAACAACCUAAAACUUGCUGGAAUUUUUAUGUAUUCAGUUACUUGACUCCUAGUAAAGAAUGCAGUUUACCAUAUUUAUUUUUCAUGCGUAAAAAUAUUUGUUUACCAUAUUUAUUAGAAAUGAUCAUUAAUUUAAUAUAUUUUUAUUGUUGAUGUGACUAGUCUGUUAUAGAGUUCAUUGUACUUAAAUAAAUAAGCAUUUAGAAUAAUAUUUAUUUAGAUCACUAUUUGUUAGUGACUGGUAAUAAAUGACUGUAAAUGUAAUGAACCAAAAUCAUGCCAAAAGUAUAAAUGUUUUAAGACCUCAGAUUUAUAAGAUGAUAUUGUAAGAGAUUUACUUAUAAACCUGUAACUGGUUGUAAACUAUAUUUAUCAAUUACACAAGUCAAAAAUAAAGAAUUAAUAAGUACUUUAAAUAAACAAAAAUAAAACGAAACAAUAAAAAAAAAUCUUAAAAAUAUUAAUAUGUUACUUUAAUUUUACUAUAUUUGGCUAUUUAUUGUUAUGGAUUUAAUAUAUCAUUGAAGUACCACACAUACUAGUAUAUGAUUUAGAAAUUAUAAGCAUACAAAAAUGUAUAAUUGUAUUGUGAUGUAAUAAAAGAUGUAAAUUUUUAUUAACUUUUAUUUACUUCAAAACUAUAAUAAGCAAACAUCAACAUAAUAUUCAAAAAUAAGUAGAAAAAUCAAUGUUUCACAUUUUGUUUAGUAAUAUUCUGUACUUUAUAUGUUUACAUAAAACAAGGUUCGUAUCUAUGAUAAAUUGAUAACAAACUGUUUACGAGUACACACACUUAUAGAAACAUCGGUGGUUAGUUUCAUUAUCAGAACCAAAACAUCAUGUUUUAUCUUACUAAGUAAAUCAAAUUACGUAACUAUACUGAGAUUCAUUAUCAUUAUAAGUAAAUGUUAAUAAAUUCGUUGCUCUUUUUAAAUAUUUGUACAGUCAGCAUUAAAAAAUCCAAUUAUUAUUUUAUUUUCCUAAUAACCAUUACUAACUUUUAAACAAAACGUUAAGGGUUUAUAAAUGCCGACUGCACCAUAAAAUUACAUUCUAUAAUCGAAUUAUAAAUAUUUUUUCAGUUAAAUAGAAAAGUUUAGAACCCUUGCUUUUCCAUAAAUAUGGAACUUUCAUAACUACACUUUUCUACUUAACCAAUAUUUGCUUAAACACUAAUUUAAAAUAUUGUCAUAUAUAGAUCACUCUCUGUCAGUCACAGGCCGUUAUUCAGUGUCCAUAUAAACUUAAACUGUUAUUCGUAAGAAUAAUUCCUUAAAUAUUUGGGUAUAGAAUAAUGGCCUGUAAUUCAUCUUAAAACAGGUCAGUCAGUCACAGUCAGUUGUGGUCACUGUUUCGCAGUUUAACUAUUGCGUCGCGUUGUUUAACUAUUAGGUCAUAGAUAUCAUAUAUGUCAGAAAUAGUGUCAGUAUGAGUAUUUUUUUACUACACUAAAUUAAUAAUCUCAUGUUUAAUCAAAUUGAUCAGUCUCUAUCUGUCGUUUCUGUUUACUGUCAGUUCUGGUUAUAUAACA